UUAUGACCAAACGGAUACCCAAAUAAGUCAACACCUGCGCCACACAUACUUUUCUCAUUGUCAUGGGAUACUUUUAGAUCCAAUUCUCCUAAAGAAGUUGCAUUUUCUGUUUACGCUGGGAUUUCUCAACCCAAUUCUCUGUUUUCUCAGCUACAGCUAGUUAUGGCCUCUCCUGAAAGCAAUUUUGAUGAUAACAUCAAGAGAUAUUUCUAUAUUCCUUCCUAUAUACUUUCAGAGGAUGCAAGUCUGAGUGAUGAUGUAAAAUUGCCUGAUGUACCUACAUGCCCCGUGCUAGUAUUCAUCAACUCUAAAAGUGGAGGUCAACUUGGUGGAGAUCUUCUUCAGACAUAUCGAUCACUUCUUAGCAAGUAUCAGGUUUUUGAUUUGGGAGAAGAAACUCCUGAUAUUGUUUUACGCAGACUCUAUCUGAAUCUAGAAAAACUAAAGAACAAUGGUGAUGAAUUUGCGGCGAAACUUGAGGAGAGAUUGAGGAUAAUUGUUGCAGGUGGAGAUGGCACAGCUGGAUGGCUUCUUGGAGUUGUAUCUGAUCUCAAGCUAUCUCAGCCACCACCAAUUGCUACUGUGCCUUUGGGAACUGGAAACAACCUUCCGUUUGCUUUUGGCUGGGGCAAGAAGAAUCCAGGAACCGACCGGAGCUCAGUUAUCUCAUUUUUGAAGAAAGUAAUGGAUGCAAAAGAAAUGAAGAUAGACAGUUGGCACAUUCUAAUGAGGAUGAGAGCACCAAAAGAGGGUUCCUGUGAUCCUAUUGCACCACUUGAAUUGCCUCAUUCGUUGCAUGCGUUUCACCGGGUGGCUUCUUCUGAUGAUCUUAAUGUGGAAGGAUGCCAUACAUUUCGUGGAGGAUUCUGGAAUUAUUUCAGCAUGGGAAUGGAUGCACAAGUAUCAUAUGCAUUUCAUUCAGAACGAAAGAUGCAUCCUGAAAAAUUCAAAAACCAGCUUGUCAAUCAGAGUACAUAUGCGAGGCUUGGAUGUACACAAGGAUGGUUUUUUGCGUCCCUUGUUCAUCCUUCUUCAAGGAACAUAGCUCAACUGGCCAAGGUUAAGAUAAUGAAAAAACACGGCGAAUGGCUAGACCUUGAUAUUCCUCACAGUAUCAGGUCAAUUGUGUGCCUAAACUUGCCUAGCUUUUCUGGUGGACUAAAUCCUUGGGGAACACCAAAUAGCAACAAACGUCGAGAUAGGGACUUGACUCCACCAUUUGUUGAUGAUGGCCUCAUUGAGGUUGUUGGUUUUAGAGAUGCUUGGCAUGGAAUGGCUCUUCUUGCUCCAAAUGGGCAUGGAACACGGCUUGCACAGGCACAUCGUAUCCGGUUUGAGUUUCAUAAGGGUGCAGCUGACCACACAUUCAUGAGGAUCGAUGGGGAACCAUGGAAGCAGCCUCUCCCUGUAGAUGAUGACACCGUUGUGGUAGAAAUUGCCCAUCUUGGCCACGUUAAGAUGCUUGCUACCCAUGAUUGUAGAUCCAAAAGUGUACAUGACCGUUCAAGUCAUGUCAAUCAUGAUGGUGAUGACGGGGAUAGUGGUGGUGAAGAGGAGGAUUCGGUUGUGGAAGAACAGAGGAAAUUCGGGGCAGCAGACACAUUCAAAAUUCCCGAUGAAGUUGACAUUUCACAUCUCAGUUGAUUCUUUAAUCCCCCUUUGUUCAAAUUUUUCUUUUGUGACAACCUCCUUAUUGAUUAAUGUGAUAUAUUUAGUAGAUGGACAAUAUAGUUCUUGUGAGUUGAGAGAUAUUAUGACAUUGACAUAUCAGUAUUUUCCAUACUCUAAUUUCUUAAUCAAUUGCAGUGUAAAUGUAAGUUGAAAAUUUCUAACUAGAUAAUUCUGUAGAUGCUUGAAGAUAUCUCUCUAUUGUAACUUUGAAAUUUCAAGAAAAUCACACUUUUAUGCUAUUCAUUAUUAUGUGCUA